UGCAGACGGCAUCACUUUUGAUCUUGAAGUGAAAAGGCACCGUAAAAAAAUUGGGGGUAUUGACGGAGAUCAUUUUGUGCCUCGCGCAAUCCUAUUACUUCUGCAUCCAGCAUCGCAACACGAUGUCCAAGAGCGCCCACUGAACGGAACUCAUAGCGUAUCAAGUCUAUAGAAACGGUCAGAGUUUAAAUGGGAGUGCGGUAGCCUCAGGGUAAGCCCUCGUUACGGAUUUGCUUCGGUACUCAAGUUCACAUGCUAGAAACAUGCGCACGGUGCAUUUUCAUAUGUAACAUCAUCCGUUCAUAUUGGUUUGGAACAGACACAAGUUGCUUAUGUCAUUGGAGAUAGCCAUAUUUGGUACUUGGAUGUCAGAAUGACAUCAUUGCAUGGCGAUCAUGCGCCCCUCGUCAGUACUUUAUGUAACCCACGAAGCUUCUUGUCCACGAAUUCCUUGCACCUAUUCGAAACAUGGCAGCCACUAAACAACACUUCGUCGGAGACACGCCGGUCGACUCUUUCCCAUCUGAAGCCACACAACAAAUUCCGGACGAUGGACUCACAAAGAAAGAAGUGAAAAGACUGUCCAAGGGUGAGCAGAAGGAGCCUGGGGCUGGCAAGCGAGCCGGAGCUGCUUCGCGAAACCCAGAUGACUAUGAUACACGUGGUCGAGGAGGACAAGGCAAUACACAACCAAUGGCAGACCCUAUUGUCUGAACUUUGUGCAUGCCAGGAGACCAUUUUGUUUGUAUUUUUAGGCAAUGGAUACUGGGCUGUUGAAUCCGCAGGUUGUGAGAGCGUUGUAACGACUAUUGUAUAAUUGCGG